AUGCAGUCAAUUGAAGUAAAGGACGCACCAGAAAUUCAAGGUGAAGGUAAACCGAGGCGUAACGCUUAUUCUCCUGAUAAAUUGCUUGAUUUUCCUCCAGAAGCAACUACUUUAUAUGAAAAUUUUUUGCACGGAGUAAAGGUAUCAGGCAAUUAUUGUAAUUGUUCAUAUAAAAAAGGGGGUGGCAAAUUUUUGGGACGUAGACCUAUCGAUAAUGGAGUCGCUAAACCUUAUGUUUGGCAAACAUACUCAGAGGUUCAACAACGUGUUGCAAAUUUUGGUUCCGGUCUAUGCAAACUUGGAUUGAAAACUAAGGAAUUUCUUGGAUUCUUUUCUAUUAAUACUCCUGAAUAUGUUAUCGCUGAACUUGCUUGUAAUCAAUACAAUUUUGUAUCUGUGCCACUUUAUGAUACCUUGGGUGCAGAGGCAAUUAAAUUCAUUAUUACUCAGACCGG